AUGGUCCUGGCCGAAGAUUGCACGAUGUCUCGCACCGACGAGGUUCACCGAGUGACGGAAAAUGUCUACAAGACUAUUAUGGAGCAGUUCAACCCCUGCUUACGGAACUUUGUUGCCAUGGGGAAGACCUACGAGAAGGCCCUUGCCAAUGUUACAUUUGCUGCGAAAGGCUACUUCGAUGCUCUGGUGAGGAUGGGCGAGUUGGCCAGUGAGAGUCAAGGAUCCAAAGAUUUGGGUGAUGUGCUGUUCCAGAUGGCCGAGGUCCACAGACAGAUCCAAGUGCAGCUGGAGGAGAUGCUGAAGUCUUUCCACAACGAGCUGCUGUCUGAGUUGGAGAAGAAGGUGGAGCUGGACGCGCGCUACCUCACUGCGGCCCUAAAAAAGUACCAAGUAGAGCACAAGAACAAAGGGGAGAGUCUGGAGAAGUGUCAAGGAGAGCUGAAGAAGCUUCGCCGGAAGAGCCAAGGCAGCAAGAACCCGUCCAAAUAUGGCGAGAAGGAGAUGCAGUUCGUGGAGACCAUCAGCAGUAAGCAGACCGAGCUGGACACCUUCAUCGCCGAGGGCUACAAGACGGCCUUGUCCGAAGAGCGUCGGAGGUACUGCUUCCUGGUGGAUCGCCAGUGUGCCGUGGCCAAAAACAGCAGCGCCUACCAUGGCAAGGGUAAAGACCUUCUCACCCAGAAGAUUCCAGUGUGGCAGCAGGCUUGUUCAGACCCCAACAAGCUCCCUGAGAGGGCCAUGCUCCUGGCCCAGCAAAUGGGCUCGGCCACCCUGGGCGGCGCCAGCCCCUUGCACACUUCCAAAUCUAACCUGGUCAUAUCUGACCCCAUCCCUGGAGCUCAGCCUCUUCCCGUGCCCCCUGAGCUGGCCGUCUUCAUGGGCAGCGGCCUCGGGCACCAGGCGAGGCUGAUGGGCCCUGACGGAAUGUCAAUGGUCAACGGGACCACAGGAGUCCAUGGUGAGGAAUACUGGACAGAUGGAGGGACUCUGUCCCAGGUCAGGCCUACGUCUCCGCAGACGCAGGCUCAGGUGCAGUCCCAGGCUCAGCCUCAGAGACAGGUCAGCGACGUGUACUCCAACACCCUACCUGUCCGCAGGCCAGGCCCCGCCAAGAACAAGAACCCCGUGGGUGAGACCCGGACCCUUCCCAGGUCCAGCUCCAUGGCGGCGGGCCUGGAGAAGAACGGUCGCGCCCGCGUGCAAGCCAUCUUCUCGCACGCGGCCGGCGACAACAGCACCCUGCUCAGCUUCUCCGAAGGCGACGUCAUCACCCUGUUGGUGCCCGAGGCCCGCGACGGCUGGCACUACGGCGAGAAUGAGAAGAACAAAAUGCGCGGCUGGUUCCCGUUCUCCUACACACGAGUGCUGCCCGAGAGCGACAGCGACAAGCUGAAAGUGAACCUGCAUCACGGGAAGAGUAGCAGCACGGGCAACCUCUUGGAGAGCGACCAAUCCGUGCCCGUCCCCGACUACGGCCUGACCGCCCGACUGUUGGCGCAGAGUCUAGCGCAGACCCGCCCCAGGCCCUACAGCAUGGCAGGCUUUGGCACUCAGCCUGCUAUUGAGGAUUAUGAUGGGCGCUUUGCCACGAGUGACCGCUCCAUGGAGGUCUACCUCCGGCCCACCUUCACUGACGACCGGUCUGCCACCAUCUUCUACUAA